UUUGUUGAUUUUUCAUCUGAAUUGAAAAAAAAUCCAUCACCUAUUUCAACUUUAUAACGGAUCUCAAGUUUCAUAUUUUGUAGAUUGGGCACUAACGCUGUACAUCUUUCAUCAUCCAUGCUGUUUUGUGUGGUGAUUGAAAGGGGCAUUGUUUUUGUGCAUGUGGAUCAUUUCCUAAAUCUCUGUAGACAUUGACUUCUCACCGGCUAUUGGCAUGUUCAUUAUAACAAUAUUUGACAUGAUUCGUUUUCCUCCCGAAAAAAAAAAAAAAAAACUAUGCUCGCUGUUGUGCGGCUGACUUAAGCUGAAUACUGUCCUGUACCAGUCCACCAGGGGCUGCUUGAGGCAAGGAAGCCGGAGUACCAGGGAUUUGAACGGAUUUAUGUUUAUCUCGUCACUUUGGACAACCGAUCUUUCACUACCAUAUCGAUAUCCUAUUUAACAGUUUUUUUGAUCGGGAGUAUAUCAUCAAUUCAUCGUUAAGACUCUGCACAAUAAUGUGGGAGUCGUCUCUGACUCGGUGAUGUUUUGGGGUUCUAGACUACAGAACAAUCCGGUAAAGAUGGCGAGGGCUCCGGUUCUCUUGUCUCUAACCAUGAUGUUGUUGGGAAUGGGGCUUUUUAUUCUCAGACUUCCCUCAGUAAACGGAGAGAUUGAAGAAGAACUGGGGGAGGAGAGGUCCUGUCAAGGAGCUUUUGACUUAUACUUUGUCCUUGACAAAUCUGGAAGUGUAAAAGACCACUGGCAGGAGAUCUACACCUUCGUUGAGCAGCUAGCCCAUAAAUUCAUCAGCCCCAUGUUGCGGAUGUCCUUCAUUGUCUUCUCCACCCGAGGAACGACUAUCAUGAAAUUAACUGAAAACAGGGAGGCCAUUGACAAAGGUCUAACAGCACUGCGGAGAGAGUUUCCAGGGGGAGACACGUUCAUGAACCUUGGCCUGGAGAAGGCCAAUGAGCAGAUCCACUAUGAGAAUCGUGGGACAGCCAGUGUGAUCAUCGCACUGACUGAUGGAGAACUGAAUCCGUGGCAGUUUGAUACUGCACAACGUGAGGCUGAGAGGGCACGGUCUCUUGGUGCCAUCGUUUAUUGUGUGGGAGUCAAAGAGUUCAACGAAACACAGCUGGCCACCAUAGCAGACACCCUGGACCAUGUGUUCCCUGUCUGGGGGGGCUUCCAAGCCCUCAGGGGGAUAAUAGACUCGAUCAUUAAGAAGUCAUGCAUCGAGAUUCUAGAUGCUGAGCCGUCCAGUGUGUGUGCAGGAGAGUCAUUCCAAGUGGUUGUUCGAGGGAAUGGUUUUCUUCAUGCCAGAAAUACCGACCAGGUCCUCUGUAGCUUCAAACUCAAUGACACGCACUCUCUGGAUGAGAAGCCUGUCGGUAUAGAGGACACUUUCUUGCUCUGUCCUGCUCCAGUCAUAGAGGAAGUCGGAAGGGUGAUCUACCUACAGGUCAGUAUGAAUGAAGGACUGUCCUACAUCACCAGUUCCGUUUACAUCACAACCACUGAAUGUUUUGACGGGACCAUCCUGCUCAUCUCGUUGCUGAUUCUGACUCUUUUGCUGGGCCUUCUAUUCAUGUGGUGGUUCUGGCCCCUGUGCUGCACGGUGGUCAUCAAAGAGCCACCGCCGCCACCUCCCCCAGAGCCAGAGUCUGAUGAUGAUGAUGGGAUGCCCAAAAAGAAAUGGCCCACAGUGGACGCGUCGUACUAUGGAGGGAGGGGGGUGGGGGGGAUCAAACGCAUGGAGGUGCGGUGGGGGGACAAAGGCUCUACAGAGGAAGGGGCUAAGCUGGACAAGCCGAAAAAUGCGGUGGUGAAAAUGCCUGAACAGGAGUAUGAAGCGUACCAACCGAAACCACGCACACCCAAGUCUCAGAAACCUCCUCGGGAGAGGAGUUGGUACACACCUAUAAAGGGAAAGUUGGAUGCUCUGUGGGCUCUGUGUCGUCGAGGAUAUGACCAGGUAUCCCUUAUGAGACCACAGGCUGGAGACAAGGGUCGUUGUAUCAAUUUCACUCGAGUGAAGAACGAUGAGUCUGCUCGGCCCUCCCCUGCCCCUCACGCUCACAUCCCUCCUCCCCCUGCCGACCAGAGGCCUCUGAUUCGGUCGUCUUCUCCUCCUCCUCCCACUGUCCCUGCUGCGCCCCCUGUCUGCACCCCUCCGUCUCGUUCCGCCCCUCCCUCCCGCACCGCCCCUCCCUCUCGCUCCGCACCUCCCUCCCGCGCACCCCCGCCCAGCCGUCUUCCGGCUGGUCCCCCUCCAGCCCGUGCACCUCCAGGCCUCCCCCCAGCUCGCCCUCCACCUAGGCCCUGAGGACAAGACCAACACCUACUACGACCUCCACCUAGAAUCUAAGGACAAGACCAACUCCUACUACAACCUCCACCUAGAAUCUAAGGACAAGACCAACUCCUACUACAACCUCCACCUAGAA